AUGCCAACGCUUUUCGGAAUCGAAUGGAUCGACAUUUUCUCGUCGAAAGAGCGGAAAAAGACGUACGCCGGCCUCGUGGCUCACUUCUUUCUCACCUAUCCAAUCGGCAAUCUGUUGGUGUUAAUGCCCGUUUUUAUGGUGAGGGUCUUGUUGCGAAAAUGUUUUUUAAAAAACUACUAUCGAGGCAUUAUAACGUAAAAGUUGAGAAUUUGCGCGCACAAAAUUCUCAACAGAGAAAGGUUCAGUUUCAAAACGAUAUAUCACAGCUGGCAAUAGAGAUAUCAAAAAGUUGUCAACUAAUCAAAUGUUCGUUCAGAAACUUAGAACAUUUUGUCAGUUGACCACUUUUUGAUAUCUCUGCAGACAGCCGAGAUGCAUCGAAUCAUUCAGAUACUGUCGGUCCACUGGUACCUGAUCGGUGUCUACAUUGCCUGGUACCUCUUCGACAGACGGUCCCCGUCGAGCGGCGGCUACUCGAGCCAAUUCAUGCGUCGACUGACUGUCAACCAGUGGUUCGCCGGCUACUUCCCCGCCCGCGUCCAUAAAACGGCCGAGCUCUCCGCGGAGCACAACUACAUCCUCGCCUACCAUCCGCACGGAAUCAUAUCGAUGGGCUCCUGGGUGAACUUCGCCACCAACGGCUCCGGAAUCAUGGAGAAGGUAAGCGCCAGAUAAUUCUGAAAAUCUCCUGAACUUUCAGUAUCCGGGUCUCGACUUCUCGCUGUGCACGCUGGCGAUGAACUUCCGGAUUCCGUUCCGUCGCGAGAUGCUCCUUGUGUUCGGUUGCAUCGAUUGCUCGCGCGAAUCCAUCGAAUACGUGCUGACGGGGACCGAGAAGGGAAGGGCCGUUGUGCUGGUGGUCGGUGGCGCGGCAGAAGCACUGGAUGCGCACCCCGGAAGACACGAACUGACGCUCAAGAGUCGGAAGGGAUUCGUGAGAGAGGCUCUCAUCACUGGCGCGCACCUGGUUCCGGUCUACUCAUUCGGAGAGAACGACGUGUUCAGACAGGUACGGGGAUGGCCUAGGUUUCGCCCGAUUAGGCCACGUUGCGUUCAGGUCGAGAAUCCGGUCGGCUCGACACUCCGCAGAUGGCAAGAGUACGCAAAGAAAGCGAUGGGAAUGUCGUUGCCGAUAGUGAAGGGACGCGGAUUCCUGCAAUAUUCGGUCGGAUGGCUGCCGUUCCGACGCCCGAUUAACACGGUGAUCGGCGCGGCGAUCCACGUCGACCGGGUCGAGCAUCCGAGCAAAGAGCAAAUCGACGAGCUGCACCGGAAGUACGUACAGCGGCUCACGGAGCUGUUCGAAGAGCACAAAGAAGAGUUCGGAGUGGAGAAGGAUGUUCGGAUCUUGUUGAAAUAA